ACUGCACACAACUCCCUCCCUCUCUGUCUCUCUGUCUCUCUCUCUCUCUCUCUCUCUCUCUCUCUCUCUCUCUCUCUCUCUACAUGUGAAAAAACGGAGGAUCAGCUCACAGGCUCACACCAAGCAUGGCAGAGAAGAUCUCCAUGAUAAUCGUCCUGGUUGACCUUGAUUGCCACAAGUGCUACAAUAAGAUCCGCAAGAUUCUAUGCCAGCUCCAAGACUGCGAGAGGAUCCGGACGAUCUCCUUCGACGACAAGAGCAAGACGAUCACCAUCGUCGGGCCGUUUGACCCGCAGAGGCUCGCCUGCAAGCUCCGGUGCAAGGGCGGCAAGGUGAUCAGGGACAUCCACAUCGUGGACAACGGCAGCGGCAGGCCGCCGCAGAAGAUGGCGGAACCGCCGCCGUCGUCCCCGCCGCCGAUGAAAAACGGCAAGCAGAAACACAAGGGGAAGCCGCCGCCGCCGCCCGCUGCCGACGAGCCACCGCCACCGCAACCUGCACCGGCGCCGGAGCCGGUGCCGGUGCACGAGAUGCCACCGCCCCCGUCCCCGACGCACCAUGGUCCACCUGACCGGGAGAUGUCGGCGAUGGUGCCGGCCUUUGUCGAGGAGAAGCACCCCAAAGCGAAGCCGGCGGAGCUCGAGCCGCCGCCCAUGUCGCCGCCGCGGAAGGAGAAGCCGCCGAUGGACAUGCACAUGCCGAUGCCAGCAUCACCACUUCCGCCACCGCCAGUGAAGGAAAGAUCGCCGCCGCUGCUAAUGCCGGCGAGGCCGUGUGAUCAGCCGCCGGUGGAGUACGUGAUCCCGACGGUGGAGAUCCCGUCGUGGCCGGCGCCGCCGGUGGGCCCGUGUGGGUGCCCCUGCUGCGCACCGUGCUACCAGGGCUACUACGAGGGGUGCCGGUGCUGCAGCUGCGGCCGGGCGUACGCGCCGGCGCCGGCGGCGUGCGGCGGGUACAGGGGCUGCCGGACCUUCAGCGACGAGGACCCCACGGCGGCGUGCACCGUCAUGUGAUCUUCAGUGGAGUCUGUCUUAGUAGUAACACAAGUUCUGCACAGUGGCUAUACGUCUAUUAUUGGAGUUCUCACCUUGUGGCUUUGCGUGGAUUAAAUUGGAUUUUCAAUGAAUUUUGCACAGAAUGGGAUGAAUUCGGAAUGGCCAUGUUUAACUGAUUAUGAUAGAUUCGUGGAACAAAUAUAGUUGAUUUUUGAGGGAAAGCAUGUAUAAAUCUCAAUGUCUCAAAUCUGAGUGAAGUACUGAACACUGAAGAUUGAUGUGCUA